AUGACUGCUCCCACCCUUGAUAGCGAAGCCCAAGCUCGCAUCCCCGACCGACACAUUUCCUCGCCAGACUCGCCAAUACAGACGAUAGAAACCCCCCUCAAAUUUGAGAUACCCGAAGACUGUCGCACUUUCUCUCCAUUUGCUCGCCUACCGCCCGAAAUACGCACCCAGAUAUGGCAAAGUACCCUGGACACCCCCGGUAUGCACUUUCUCAAAAUCGACACCGACUGGCACCCAUCCACAGGUAUCGGAAAAUGGUGGAUGAAAGAGUCGACCCUCCUCAAUAUGUCCUCGGAUGACGAAAAUGAAGAAGGUGAUCCUAUGACCCUCGAAGUCAAAAGGGAAAGGCGGCCAACACACAAAAUAGAUGGUGCCUUGAAGCCUCUCUACCCCACUUCACAAGCCGACAUCUCCUACUACACCAACCUGCACAAGCAACUCGCCAAACUCUCUGUUACAUGCAAUGAAGCUGCGGCUGUUGCCAAAAGCCUCGUGAAACGAUCAACCGCCUUUCGUUUGGAUACUGGACGGCUCGUUAGCCUCAACUCCUCAUCAGAUGUUAUUUACCUAGAUUACAUCCCUCCCGAUUUCUAUGAAGACAACAUACGUUUUACCAAAGCUCUAAACUGCUCAGGAUUGGAUCAGAUUCGCAAGGUCGCCAUGAGAUACUGCCACAAAUGGCAUGACCGGAAAUCACCACUGCGGUGCCCGAAUUGCGGCCAGAUUCAUGACCUGACUGAUAGACUCAGGUAUCCAAAGCAUCUGUACCGGUUUUUAGCACAAUAUCUUCCCAACUUGGAGGAAUUUUACUUUGUUGACUACAUGAUUCUACGAAAGUCACGUGGAACUACCGAAGCCUGUACCGAUACACAAGGAUCCUUAAAUGGCCAAAGUGCAGGAAAACUCAGAACGUCCAGGUUUGAGGGCGGAAACAGAAGCUUCUAUGAGGUGGAAGAGCCAAGCUGGAAGAUCACCUCACAUGUCCUUGAGGUUAAAUCCUGGUUGCAAGAACAUUUUGUUAAAUACGCCAAAUUGAGUAAGCUCAGCAAACACAAGAAUCCGGAACAGGUCAAAUUCGGCGUCCUCGCAUGCGAAUGGCGUGUCGAACCUCCUGCGACACCAAAGAAGGCAUCCGUGACGCCAGUUAAAAAGGGAAGAAACAAGAGAGCUCAUAGUGAGGAGCACUCUUUGUCAAGGGCCCGACAGAUAUCGCCGCGCCAGAGACCAAUUUCCCCCAUCGAAUAUCUUCCCUACGAAGCGACGGUCCGUUAUCCGUUUGUUUUUGACGCGUGCGGCAGCAACAAGUAUGAUUUCACCUUUUCAAUGUCCCUUUAA